CUGGAGCAGCACAGCCGCUGAGCAGUGAGCUCGCCAUGCCGCCGCCCUCGCUCCUCUCCCUUCUCCCCGCCGCUUCGCUCUCCCCGCGGACCCGCCGACCCAAGCGCAGGGCGCCCGCGGCGAGCCACCGCCUGCGCUGCCGCGUCCCCGUCAUCGUCAGCGCGCGAGCCCCCUCGCCGCUCCGUUCCUUGCCCUCCUCCUCCGAUGUGGUCGAGGGCGGGGUUGGUGGAGAGGGAGGCGAGGAGCUCCACCUGCUCGACAAGCCCUUCCCGUCCCCCUCCGCGCCGGAGGAGGACGAGCCCGAGCCGGAGGCCGCUCCGGCGCCGUCCACGGCCGAUGCGCUCGCGCCCUACCUCAACUUCUUCCAGGUGAAGGGUGCCGAGGCAGACGUCGCCGCCACCGCCGGGAAGGACUCCUCGGAGGGCGGACCUGGCACCGGUGGGCGUGGGGUCAUUUACUUCGACCCCAAGCCCGGGGACCUGGUCGCCGGCGUCGUCGUCGGGGGCGACGCGAGGGCGCUCGACGUCGACGUCGGCGCCGGAGGAGAGCCGGCUCUGAUGCUGACCAAGGAGGCGGCGCCCGCGUCCCCCGAGGAGUUCGCUUACCUCGCCUGCGACGUCGCGUCGGGUGGCGCGAGGGAGUUCGCCGCCGAAGGCAGGGUCGGCGUCGCCGUCGGCGGAGUGGAUCUGAAGGUUGGGAGGACCGGGAAGGAGAAAUGUGCGCCGGUGGUGGGCGUUGGCACGGUGGUGUUCGCUGAGGUCCUCGGUCGAACACUUGGCGGGCGGCCGCUGCUGUCUGCGCGCAGGCUGUUCCGGCGCGUCGCGUGGCACAGAGUGAGGCAGAUAAAGCAGCUAAAUGUACCUAUCAAGGUUAAAAUUUCUGAGUGGAAUGCUGGAGGCUUGUUGUCAAGAAUCGAGGGGCUCCGGGCGUUCCUACCUAAGCCUCAGAUGAUGACUAGACCAAGAAAUUUUACAGAUCUAAAGAAUAAUGUUGGUCGACAGAUGCAUGUAUGUAUUACAAAGAUUGACGAAAGAACUAACGAAUUAAUAAUUAGUGAAAAAGAGGCUUGGGCAAUGUUAUACCUUAAAGAAGGGGCUCUCUUGGAAGGGACAGUCCGCAAGUUGUUCCCAUAUGGUGCACAAAUUAGGAUUGGGGAGACAAACAGAAGUGGUUUGCUGCAUGUCUCAAAGAUAACUCACGGUCAGCUGAGAUCCGUCAGUGAUGCGCUCAGGGUGGGCGAGAGAGUGAAAGCGCUUGUGAUCAAGUCGACGACGCCAGACAGAAUUGCUCUCAGUAUUAGGGACCUUGAGAGCGAACCUGGACUGUUUCUCUCCAACAAAGAGAAGGUGUUUGUCGAGGCUGAAGACAUGGCGCGAAGAUACCGGGAGCAAAUGCCGCAUUCGCCGCGGUCCGGCGAGGCCGACUCCUCGCCUGACGACGACGAUGCCGUCCCGUUUGAGGACGAAGCUGGGUCAUACGCUAACUGGAAGUGGCUGAAGUUCAUCAAGUCCGAAAGAGCAGACUGUAACCCCAGCAGCACCGAACCAUCGGGAUUGUAACGCGGGAACAACGCUGAUCGCGUCUGCAGAAAUUUUGUUCAGUCCAUCCA